AUGCCAUUCGUGGGUAAGAGGAAAUCAGUUGAUGAAGCGGCGAAGUUGGAACGUUUUAAAGCAGAAGCCGAUACGCUCUAUAACGUUUAUUUGAUCGAAAAUGCUUACAACGUUUUACGGAGAUUUGCGUCUGGAAACGAUCCACAGAUGCUUUGGCGAUUAGCGCGGAUAUUGUGCGAAAAAGCGAAAUUAUCCAGGGUAUUCAAAAAAUGA